CGGAAAGAUUUUCUUGCUACUGAAAAGCGCUGAAAACGCUGAUUAUCAUAAAUUGGUCGCACGCAAAUAUUUACAUCUCGCCCCAUACAUUGUGGUAAUGCGAACAAAUCAAAAUGAGUGUCCAAUCCUCGCGAGUACAGUUCACUAGGUGUAUUUUUAAUUUAGUCCAGUCUAAAAUCGUUCACGGCAAUAAAAUUGACAAGUGAUAUGAUAUCGGCAAGUCUUUGAUUUGGUUCCUAUUUUCCUGUACCGAUGAGAAAUAAAAUGUACGGUGACAGUUAAUUCUACAAUAGUUUGACUUGAUUGUGAACAAGAUGGUGAUGGGGCUGCGAUUUCGGCUUCAGCGGCACACGGUGCACCCCUCUGAGCCCACGAAGGCAGUUCAGAACCAUGUGGGUCCGCCCAAGCCAUAUGGCUCGUGGUGCACCCCUGAUGCUUCCCCAGCUCAUGUGCCCGUUACACACACAAAUUCUAACAAGGAAAAUAAGACAGAGAUUCAGGAUUUGAACGCUCAAUGCAAAGGAAUUCUAUUGCCACCAAAGAUACUCCGCCUGUUCCCAUCAAGUCCCCCGCACGAGUACAAGGGCAACACCGUCAUCUUCGAAGACGACGAGACUGAGUUGAAGGAACUCGAGCGUUCAGAUAUUAUUGGAGAACCUCCUAAAUGGAAUCAUCCAGAGAAGAAGGCGCCUGCCGUAGAAAGUCCUCAAAGUCCGGUGCCAUCCUCCCCGUCCCGCGCUAAGAAAUGCAAGGGCUUCUUCAGGCUGCCAGACUGCUGCGAUCCCUUCGUCACUAUCGAUCCUCAAGGACGGCUCUACAUCACAUGGCUUCUCCUGGUAACAUUCUGCUACUGCUACAACGCCUGGUGCAUCGUCCUACGAGCCACAUUCCCUUACCAAACCAAAGAGAACACCGUCCACUGGAUGAUGGCCGACUAUUUCUGCGACCUGGUCUACUUGCUGGACGUGGCGUUUAUCAAGCCCAGGCUCAUGUAUCUCCAUGAAGGGUUCUGGGUAGAUGAUCCUGGGGAGACUAGGAGGAAUUAUAGGAAGAAAAUACAAUAUAAGUUCGACAUAAUCUCCCUUACUCCGCUGGACUUCCUGUACUUCUACUUUGGGACGCACAUGGUCAUCUUGCGCUUUCCUCGGCUGCUGAAACUGCAAACCUUCUGGGAAUUUAAUAUAGCUGUCGACAGAGUGCUGUCGUCACCUUAUGUGGUCCGCAUCGGCAAGACUCUGGUGUACAUAUUUUACCUGAUCCACCUGAACGCAUGCGCGUACUACACCAUGAGCGCCUACGAGGGCCUCGGCAUCAACAACUGGGUGUAUGACGGGCAGGGCAAUGCUUACAUUCGGUGCUUCUACUUCGCCACCAAAACUGCCACCUCUAUAGGAAAGAAUCCGAAGCCGGAGAACCCUGGAGAAUACAUGUUCAUGACUGUUGCUUGGCUGAUGGGUGUGUUUGUAUUCGCGCUGCUCAUUGGCCAGAUCCGAGACAUCAUUGCCACCGCUACUAGAGCUCGGACGGAUUACCGUAAGAGGGUGGAUGGGUGCACCCGAUACCUGCGAAAGCUGAACAUGCCCGCGUCUCUUCAGCAGCGUGUGACUUGCUGGUUCAACUACACGUGGAACGAACAACGUUGCUUCGACGAGUCAAACAUAUUGAAUACACUGCCGCACAACAUGAAACAAGAUGUUGCUCUAGAAGUGCACAUGUCAACGUUGAGCAAGGUGGAACUAUUCCGUGACUGUUCGGAUUCUCUACUGCGUGACCUAGUUUUGAAGCUGCGACCCGUGUCCUUCUUGCCUGGAGACGUGAUCGUGCGUCGUGGGGAUGUCGGCCACCAGAUGUAUAUUAUCAAAUCUGGACAGUGCUACGUAAUGUCACCAGAUGAAAACGAAGUACUGGCUACACUCGGCGAAGGUUGUGUUUUCGGAGAGAUCAGUUUACUCGGCAUUGAUGGAAUGAGACGUCGAACAGCUACAGUCAGGUCACGUGGCUACUCGAACUUAUUCGCAUUGUCCCGCAACGAUCUAUACGGCGCGUUACUCCACCACAAGGAGGCGGCACUCGUGCUCCGACGGCGUGCUGAUCAGAUCAUCCGGCAGAACGCCGCAAGGCACGCUCAGCAGCGCAUGGCCGAGCGACAGGCAAGGAAGUCAGCCAGCAUCAACGAGGAAACCGGCCUGAGGAGGCGACGGAACUCGAGCCUGUCUAAAAAGUCAAACGAGAGCGGUGGCGCGGGCGGAGGACUAACCGCGGGGGCGGAAGUGAAGAGACUACGAGCUGCCAGUGCACUGUCCAGGAGAAAACUUUCCGUAGUCUCAGAAAACAAGACACUGAAUUGCGAAGAAUCAUCCGAAAGUCACGAAGACGAUACAACAGUAGUAGCCCGUCUGCGAGGUCCCGUGCCGAAAAUUGUUUUCUCGUCAGAUUAAUCGAGUCGAGCAGGAUUCUCAAGGAAGAAACAUGAAGCUAGGCCAUGGCUGGCUAUGAGGACUGCAAACAUCUUUAAGCCAACCU